GGUUUUAUUUUUUCCCAAAGCGCCAUUAAAAAGAGCGCUGCGUGAGACCGGGGAAUUUUCUGCACCUUCCUUUCUGCGCUUCAGGGGAAUUUGUGAAAAGGGUUAAAAAGCGGGGGGGCAGGGAGUGCUCGAGUUUCGGCCCCGUGGCUCGUGCGCUCUGACGCUCUCUCUGGCUGCCUGGUCUGUGGUGGAGAACCCGGGAACCAUCCUCCUUCCAUCCAUCAGCCCUGAAGUUUUGCGUCUGUGGCUUUGGAAGGAGGGAAGGAGGGCCAGAGAACAAACAAACAACCAAACACAAACAAAAACGAGAGAUGCGUCUCGCGCGGUGAGGAGUCGGUGCGGGUCACCUGUUGCGGGAUAAAGCAUGGGAGUGCUGAGCGCGGACCUGCGGGUCACCCUGCAGAUUCUGCCCGGCUUCUUCUCCAACUGCCUCUUCUUCGUGCUCUACGACUCGGUGGUGCUCGUGAAGCGCGUCGUGUCGCUCGUGAGUCUCUCGUGCGGCGGCGGCAGAGGCGCGUGGCAGCAGCGCAUGCUCACCUCGGCCGGCGUGCGCUCCAUCUGGAACAGCUUUCUGCUGGACGCCUAUAAGCAGGUGAAAUUGGGUGAGGCGGCUCCGAACUCUAAAGUGGUGAAGGUUCCUGGGCUCUCCAGCUGCCAGUGGAGCAGCGAGGAUGGAAAGACGAGGGAUGAGUGUAACCUGCUGGACUUUGAAUCGUCUGAUCGGCCCUUGGUGGUCAACUUCGGCUCGGCCAGCUGACCCCCGUUUGUGAGCCAGCUGCCGGUCUUCCGGAGGCUGGUGGAGAACUUCUCAGAUGUGGCGGACUUCCUGCUCGUCUACAUCGAUGAGGCUCACCCGUCUGACGGAUGGGCAGGCCCACCCAUGGAACUUUUCCCGUUUGAGGUGAGGAAACACCGCAGCUUGGAGGAGCGCAUGGUGGCAGCGCAGAGGCUUGUUGAGCAUUUCUCUCUGCCACCGCAGUGCCAGCUGGUGGCUGACUGCAUGGACAACAACGCCAACAUGGCAUACGGUGUCGCCUACGAAAGGGUGUGCAUCGUACAGAAGAAUAAAAUCACUUAUUUGGGAGGGAAGGGUCCAUUUUAUUACAGCCUUAAAGAUGUACAGAACUGGCUUGAACGGAGCUACGGGAAGCGGUAAUCUUCGAUGAGCGGUGGAAUAGUUUAUUUUUUUAAUAAAGGACGAAAAAAGGAGGUGACACUUCUACAUCUCUACUGCCUCCAAUGGCGACGUGAACUCUCUGGAGGUUCAUCCGAAUUCUCUGAAGAUCAUCAAUGAUCAAUGAUCAACGAGUUUCCUGGGUGGAAUCCAAACUUUCUUACCUUUCUUUUAUAAGCAACGACUAGAGAGACCACCAAGCAUUGCACUUCAACUUUUAUACUUUGUUAGGAUAUCUCUGAAAACAAACCUGUGUAUGCACUAUAAACACCUAUAAACACUAUCAAUAACCAAGUCAUUUGCAUUAAUAGUAGCAUGACAGCGUGUAAUUCUUUUAUGCUAAAUAACAUGCAUUGUGUUGCAGAAACAAAUUGCCGAUCCCAGAAGAAAGCACAAGCUCACGGCUAUUAAUAUACAGAAGAAAUAUAAUUUAUUUUUGUGGAUGUUUAUGUUUGUUGUUUUAAAUAUGUGACAUGUUUACGUCCAGCAUUUUUUCCCCAUGUUUGAAGUUGACAAUCACACAUAUUACUCGCCAUUUUAGCCGUAUUAUCAUCUUUGCAUGCCUGAUUAAUGCUUUAGCACAUCUGCCCCAGUGAAAAAAAGUAAUUCUUUAAGGAAGCCAUGAUACCUUAAACGUUCACAAAACCUUUGAAGAACCUUAAACACACACACACACAUAUAUAUAUAUAUAUAUAUAUAUAUGUAAGUGUUGAAAGAUAUUUUUGGAAAUACAGUUUCUAUGAAGGCCAUAGAUAUAUAAUGAACUAUAAAUACACUCAUAGGACAUUAUAAUGCAUUCAUAAUGCUUUAUAUGUGUUGUUAUAAUUAUUCAGGAGGCUGUGUUACACUUUAUAGCAAUGUUUGUGAUACAUUAUAGAGCUUGUAACACAAAGAAACACGGUUUCAGUUAUAGUCUUUUUUACUCUAAGUCUAUUAAUAACUGCUGAAAGUCGACUGCUUAUUGCUGUUCUUAUGUAAACAUAGGUUUAAUAAUUUAAAAAAAUUCUCAUUUUACUUUCAAGCUCAUAAUUACUUGUUAUAACUUGUUAUAAAGAUUAUGAAUAUGUCAUAAUACAUAUGUUAAUAUUUUAACUAUUUAUAUCAAUUCCGAUUUCCUUUACUCAAUAUUUGGAAACACAUGAACAAAGUAAAAUCUAUAACUAAAUACAUUUUUUCAUUAUUUUAAUAGACGAAAUAAAGCAGAAAGCAAAACAAAGGUUGCUAUAAAUUGCAAUGCAUUUCAUAAAUAAUGAUAAAAAUUUAUUACUUAUAAAUAUUUUAUAGCAUGUCAUGAAUGUAUCUAUGGCCUCCAUAGAGAGUGUAACAGAUAUAUAUAUACAAAUAUACAUGUCAUUUUGUUGUCGAUCUUCAAAAAGGCACUAAUUUAAAAAGGGAAUUUUUAUGUCUUGUAUGUUUUGGUAAAAGAAAAAAAGAGAAAACUGGUUCUAUAUUUGAUUCAAAGCAGAUUUUGUAGGUAAUUAUUUAUGUCCACACAAACACACACGCACACACACACACACCCCCCUACAGACGCUCAUUUGCGUCAAAGACAAACCGGUGUGUGAAUGAAGGCCAUUGACGAAAGGAUAUUGCGUUCCUGUCUGUGGUUGGAUGAAACAUCACACCUCUUUGUCCGGACUGAAAUGAGCGUUCCUGUAGAUUCACCGAAAUCAGCUUUGGUAUUUACUACACUGUGCAUUUUUUCCCCUGAUGCAUGCUGUGCAACCAACUGCUUUCUUGCAAAUAAACUUUUGCUCAUGA